GUCAUGUACUGUACUUUAGCAAAUUUCCGAUUCGACCCCUGACGACCCUUGGGGCUCUCCUCGCUCUCCACACCAAUGAACAGUUCAAUCUCUGAUGAGCCACUAUAGAUACACGCAACACGGCCCCUCAUAUGUUUUGUUCUCUCUUUGAAGUAAUCCCAAAAGACAACGUCCGUUUUAGGUGUUAUCCUUUUACCCCCACCCUGUUCUUGGGUGACUUCUUCAUCAUCUGCCCACAAUGGCAUCCGAUGCCUUUCAUGAUAAUAAUUCGGACAAUGAGCCCGCUUCCGCAAUCAUGCAUGAUACAUCCGAGGACGCAUUUGAAUCCGCAUAUUGUCCAGAUGAGCUACAUCUGGUCAUCAAGCGCAACGACACGCUCGGUCUGCUCAGAUACAACGAACAAGCAAAAGAGCGCGGCGAGGAUAUUUUCAGCCGGGUAAAAGUAAGCCUUUACGGCUACUACCCGUUGCCGCCAUUCUAUUCCGCGGCUUAUCAUGGAAGUCUUGACACUUUACGCGCCCUGAUAGACAUUUAUCAGUCCGAUGCCACGCACCGGCAGCGGCUGGAAGAGUAUCUGCAGGGACUCGAUUUUCGACUGCUCAACCUCGCUUGUGGCAACGCCGAUCGGGAAAUGACACGGUUCAUGCUCGACCAUCAGCCACCCCUGGGCGCGUGGCGGGAUCGGGACGCCAAGGGGGUGACACCGCUGAUCUGUGCCGCACAGGCUUUUCCCGGUGAUGUGGAGGCUUUGAAGAGAAAGAUGAAGGAGACAAGUCCCGCGAUGAUCCGGGAGAAGUUGCGAGAGCACCACGCUCGCUAUGGCGAGUUUAUCGAGUUCUGUUUGGCCAGUGGUGCUUCGGUCCUCGAGGCGGAUCAGUACAUGUUUCCCUAUCAACUCGGAUGGCAAGCCCAGCCUGGCGACCAGCAGAUACUGGGGGACACUGUGCUGGGCAAUGUGGUAACCCACGCCAGCUAUGCAAUGGUGUCCCACUUGAUCGCGGCAGGCGCUGAUGCGCAUGUCGUGCAGACGUGGUACGAUCCCUGUGCCUUUGGCGGUGGCUUUCGGUGCGCCGGGGUCACGCCACUGCAUAUUGCCAGCAAAUACUGGAAUCUGGAUGCGAUGCAAGCGCUACUAGACCACGGGGGUCGGACCGGACUGGCCGAGAUGGUUUCGAGAAGGGAUGACCAUGGACGGCCACCACUCCAUUGGGCGUUAAUGGGUGAUAAAAAUGAAAUAGCCACCUUGACUCCUUCAGAAGUGACCUCGCGCCUGUUGCGCACUGUGAAGCUGCUUCUUGACAUGGGGCCUGCAAUGGUCAAUGUGAAGGAUCAAGCAAACAAGACAGUGCUGCACUAUGCGGUCAACAGCCGUGUGGGGGAUGCCGACUGUCUCGCAGUAGUGAAAUUGCUUCUGGAGUACCGACCCGACCGGGACAUCCUGAAUGUCCGGGACACCGACGCCGAUAGACCGGGCUCAACUGUUUUGCAUUACGCUGUAUCACAUCGCACUGAUGACGGCGUCAAGUGUGAAAUCUUUCUGCAGCUGCUUGAUCUUCUAGUUGUGCAUGGGGCAGAUCCGAGCAUGUGCGAUGAGUCUAGUCGAACCAUGUUGUACAGAUUGGCCAUGAGAGACAGCAGUAUCAGGCUAAUUGAUGCUGAGACCUUGGAGAAAAUCCUGACACUGGUCAACAUCAACAAUUCAGAUGUGAACGGCGAUACCGUACUGCACUAUAUUUCCAGGAGACUUCCUCAAACCCACGCAAUCCGCAUACUGCUCAGCCGGGGUGCCAACGUCAACGCAGUCAACAAGAUGGGAAAUACCCCGCUACAUUUAGCUGCUGGCGCGAGUGUCUUUCCGAAGUGGCGACCAAUGGAUAACAGUGAACAUGCAGGAACUCCGCUUGAAGAAGGGUUUAAGGCGCUUGAGAAGAUGAUCGACAUUCUUCAGGGCGCUGGGGCAUCCAUGGAUCAAGCCAACCUUGCAGGAGAAACACCGCGUGAGAUAUUGAAAGAGACCAGGGAACGAUGGGCGCUGAAAGACUUCAGGCCUCGCUGGAGAUAGCUAUUGCCUCGGACUAAAUAGUGAAAAAACCAUAUUUCUGAAACAACAAUCAUGAUUUCGAA